AUGCUGAAAGAUCGGAAAGAACACCUAAUAGUAAUACAAAAACUCUUAUUUCAGCUCAACACGCAAUUAUUGAAAGCAGGAAAGCAGAACUAAUAGAAGAUAUGAAAUUAUAUGAAAUAUUAGUAAAAAUUAUAAGCAAAAACAUUAAUAAUGACAAGCUCUUUGAAGUAUACAAGACCUUAAAACAGUCUCUUAUUGCUGAGACCCUUGCUUGUAUUGAAGCUCUAAAUGCUAAAAAGCAGCAACAAACCUAG